ACAAACUUAAAGGUACUUCGUACAAGGCUUAUUAUAAGGAGAAACAUAUCGAAGUUCAACUCUGAACUACAAACGUCGCCCAAACAUAACCACACACGUCUUCUUCCCACCCACGACUUACAAUCUCGGACAUUACGACUCGCUCUUUCAUUUAGCAUCUACGGCCUUACGACUUUGUAAUCGACGCAGCCCGAACGUCUAGUCAGCUACCCUCCGGCAGUCGCCCACCAUGUCUGAGCGGAAAGUGACCACCAAGUACUACCCCCCCGAUUUCGAUCCGGGCGAGAUCGCCCGGAGGCGCGGGCCAAAGCAGACAGGACCUAAAGUCCAGGCUGUCCGUAUCAUGGCGCCGAUGAGCAUGAAGUGUACUACAUGCGGCGAGUACAUUUACAAAGGCCGAAAGUUCAACAGCCGCAAGGAGACACCCCCAAACGAACGCUACCUAGGGAUCCAAAUCUUCUUCUUCUCCAUCAAGUGCACGCGGUGCUCGGCUGAAAUCAUCUUUAGGACGGACCCCGCACGAAACGAAUACGCCAUGGUCAAAGGCGCCGUUCGGAACUUCGAACCCUGGCGCAACCGCGCGUCCGAGCAAGAAACAGUGGAAGAGCGCCUCGACCGGCUCGAACGCGAGGAGGCCGAGGCCGCAGGCGAAACGGCAGAGGAGCGCGACGCCAUGGCCGACCUCGAAGCCAAGAACGCCGACGCCCGCGCCGAGAUGGCCGCCGCCGAUGCCCUCGACGAGAUUCGCCAGCGGAACGCCCGCAUCCGGCGCAGCGAGAAGGACGGCGUCGACUUUGCUGACUAUAUCGUGCGGCCCGAGGACGAGGAGCGGGAACGGCAGGAGCGGGAGGACGAGGAGGCCGCACGCCGGGCUUUCGCGGCGGCGAAGCAGCGCGCCAGGGGAGGAACGUUGGGAACAGAGGAGACCGUGGAAGUGGUGGUAGAAGAGCAAGGCGGACAUGGACCGUUAGUUGGCACCGUGGAUGGGUCAUCAUCAUCUUCUUCUGUCGUCUCUCUAUCCUCGAGUCGCAGUGAGCAGUCAGACGCCGCUGCUAUGCCCCCGCCACCUCGGCCACCGACCUUCAAAAGAGCGCCCAAGAAGAAAGUGGACUACGCAGCCAAGCUGGGCAUCAGAAAGAAGACACCACUAGUAUGAAUGUUGAUGCAUGGACCGGUAUUGAAGAAGGAAGACAAAGGAAAGGCACGGGGUCGACAAGUGCGAACUUCUGUUUUGGAACGACGGGCGUUAUUAUGGCCAUUUGGGACACGAGGUUCAUCUCUCACUGGGGGAUGUCCACAUAGUAUGCACGACCUUUUUUAAAUAAACUACCGAUAUGCAUCGACCCACGAUAUUGGCCGUACUUAUGAAGACGAUGCCUU